AUGCACUGCGAUCUUGCACCUGCGAGAUGCGUCCAGGGGAUGCCAGCAUGCGGCGACGGAGGACAAGCAAGCGCGUCUAGCACAGCGUCUGCCCUUUUGACAGCGAAGAAACAUAGAGCCCUCGCACUAUGCCGCAGACUCGAGGCACGAGCCGGUGAUGAACGCACCGUAGGCUACAGGCCAUAUGCUGGGCACGCCAUUAGAGCGUCGCCGCUGUCUCCACCACUGUCCAAACUAGCAUCCAUGCAGAUCUUUCUCGGCUCGAGUCUUCGCAGAAACGAACAAGGGUCUGUCUGUCUCUCGCCCAGUUUCGUAGUCCACAUAUCACUGGCUCCCGGUCGACCAUCUCCUCUGCAGUUCCUCACCAUUACACGCUCGACGCCGCAGAGCGAGCUGUCAGACCUGGUAGAGAACUGA